CUGCGGCCAGGGUAAACCGUUUAUAUUUAUUACUAAAUAAAAAUAUAACAAAAUAAAUCAUUAUUACUUUAAUAAUCUGAAAAAGACAGGCAUUAGGCAGUGAAAAGUGAUUACAGGUAAUUAACAUAAGUUGUGCCCCGUUCUUAAUGGUACAAACAAUGACAACUGCAGUAACAACUACCCAGAAAAAGGUCGGAACCAGUAAUGCUCCACCAGGAGGCAUCCGGAAGAAAUCGGGGCCCAAGUUUGAGCUCACUGAAGAACAAAGAAGGGACAUAAAAGAAGCAUUUGAUUUAUUUGACACAGAAAAUACUGGAAAAAUUGAUACAAAGGAGUUAAAAGUUGCAAUUAGAGCCCUUGGUUUUGAACCUAGAAAAGAGGAAAUCAAAAAGAUGAUUGCGGAAAUUGAUAAAUCUGAUGGCAAAGUAUCGUUUGAAGAUUUUCUGGACUUGAUGACAGUGAAGAUGGCAGAGAAGGAUACAAAGGAAGAAAUCAUGAAAGCUUUCAAACUGUUUGAUGAUGAUGAAACUGGUAAAAUCUCUUUCAAGAACUUAAAAAGAGUGGCAAGGGAACUUGGCGAAAAUCUAACUGAUGAAGAGCUGCACGAAAUGAUAGAUGAAGCAGACAGGGACGGCGACGGGGAAAUCAACCAAGACGAGUUCUUACGCAUCAUGAAGAAAACUAGCCUUUAUUAACGCACUAAAGUAAGGGGUCAUCCAUCUAAAUGUGACCAGGUGUGACAAGGGGGGGAAGGGUCAAAAAAUCGUCAAAUUCGUGUGACGUAAUUAAUGGAUGACUCCUAAUAUUUGGCUUAUUUUCAUACUUACUGUACUCUUGGUUGGAAGCACAAAUUAUAUUCUUCAAAGGGAUAAUGAAAUUGUAGCAGCUACAGAGAGGACACUUGCAACAAGUUAUUGGAAUAGUUACCUAUAUUUUUAUAUAAGUGUUGGAAAGGAAUGAUACAUAUUGUAAGUACAGGACAAAUGAAGUUUUGUUAAAAUUACUAGUCUAAUCUGUAGAACUUUAUUAUUAAAGUAUUCUAUCAACUUUUGAGGUAUUUACAGGCUUGGUUUUAUAAAAAUCUGAAACCUUGAGUCUGACCAGAUGAGUGAUUUAAUAUAUCUCUAUCAAGAUCCAAUUAGCCUUAGUUGAUUUAAUAACCAAAGACUAUCUGCAUAAGAAUAAAUAAGUUUUGUAAUAUCAAACUAUCGAAUUAUUAUAAUAACAUGAUAAAUAAGGAUUCAUCUUCUCAUCUUAGAAACAAAUUUAUUUAUGUAACUUUUCCAAAUUUGGCAUACUUAAUUAUAUAAUUUAGAAAUGCAUGUUUUCAAAAAAUACAUAGAAAACACAUGCCAGUACUUAAAACAUUCCAUGUUAGUCAUUUGAUUGUUAAAUUUAAGGUAUUUUAAGGUAAAUAAUAAUAUUUGUAACAAAGUACUAAUCAUGCCAGAUCUGAAAGUUUAUAUUGUUUAUUUCGUAAAAUACAUGUUUCUGUAUAGGUGCAAAAUGUAGAAUAAAAUAUAUGGCACCUGA